UGGAGAGCGUUAUUUGCCGAUUUGGGAGAGUAGCCAGGAGGGUGUGGGGAUUGCUGAUGUGAAAGCAGGAGGAGCUAGCAGCAAGUUCAGGACGUGGCUGAGUUGCAGAGAGCACCAUGUCCAGCCCGGAGCUGCAUGUGUGCCCCCCGGAGGAACCCUGGCAGCGGCCCCGCGUUGUCACCUUCUACAAGAACGGAGACCGCUCGUUCCGGGGCAAGGCGCUGCGGAUCCCCGCCCGCCGCUACCUCUCGCUGGAAGCUCUCCUGGUAGAGCUCAGCCGCUGGGUCCCGCUGGCUAACGGCGUCAGGCGUCUGUACAGCCCCCGGGGCGGCCGCGCCGUCCGCUCUCUGGCCGAGCUGAGGGACGGACACGGCUACGUGUGCGCCGCCUUCGAGCCCUUCCGUGGCGGCUGGUACGGCCCGGAGGCACCGGGAGCUGCCGCAUCUGGGACAGACAUUACUUUGGUUCCUUGUUGUCAGAAACAAGCCUUGUUUGAUGACCUAAGCAGUGAGCUGCAGGAAGAUAACUUGAAGGCAAUAUAUCCACCCAUAGGACGGGGUACUUUCGGACAGCCAUUGUCUGGUGCGACCAAUCGCAAUACCCUCCUUCACAAAAGGGGCUGCUGUCAUGCUAUCCACCCUGACAACAUUCCUGCAAAACCGAGGAUCAUGACAAUAAUAAAAGCAAGUGGGCAAUCACAUAAGAAGGUGACCAUUCUUUUGAACAGAUACUGCACGCAGACAUUUGAGCAACUCAUAAGUGAUAUCGCAGAAGCUAUGAGACAUCUCCAUGGCAAAGGUGAAUGUGUGAAGAAGCUGUACAAUUUGAAAGGGAAAGAAGUGAGAAGUAUUUCAGACUUUUACAGAGGAGAUGAUGUGUUUAUUGCUGCUGGCAGAGAGCAGAUAACUAUGAGCGAUAUAAAGAAAGUAUUAAGAGAACUCUAUCCCAAGAAUCCAUAUGCCUGGAGCUUGAUCCAGCGACACUGGUGUCAUUCUGAGAAACCUCCCUACAGACGCAGUGAGAUAAGAUUCAAAAAUGCUGAAGUUGCUCAAUCCGAAAAACAAAUUGCCAAAAAGAUGGAAGAAGUCCGAACCAGAGUGGGACAACAAGAAAGAGAGAGAGCUCGGAAAUGGGGACAGGAGAGAUGGGCAAGAGAGUACAGAGAGCUGGAUGAGAUAGCAAGACAGCAGAAGAAUGAUGGAAACUUGGACAGGGACAAAGAAGAAAUGGAUAAAUACCAAAUCAACAAAAAGGAGAAGAAGCAUAAAAGCAAGGAGAAGAGUAGAGGAACAGAAAAGGAUAUAGAGACAUAUGAAAGAGGAUGCAAAAGAAUGGAAGAAAUGAAGAUAUUGCAGGUGGGAAGAACUGAAUGGGAAGAAGAUAGAAUUGAAGCCAAUAGUAAACAAAAAAUGUCUUAUGAGUUUAAGGAAAUGGAAAGGAGAGAGGUAGCAAGAAACAGAAAUAAAUGGAAAGAAGAUAAAUGUGACACUGAAGGCGAACAGCCAAUGAAGAAUAUAAGGUGGGAACAGAAGAGCAUUAAAGAAGAAAGAGAAACAGAUAAAUGGGAUAAAGUGAAGCCUGAAAGACAACAAGGGCAAAAGGAGGAUCACCAAUGGAGAACGGAAGAUAAAUCGCAUGCUCUAAGAGAUGAAAACUGUAAAAUGUCAAAGCAAGAAGAUACAAAAAAAUGCUGUUGUGGUCAGGAAACUUCAAGGGAUGAGGAAGAACAAACAUGGAAUGAUGAAGAAGUGGAAAAAGCUCAAAACCAACCUGUGAAAACAAUCAGAAUGGAACAGCCCUUAAUCAAAGAAGACCAUAGCAUUCACUCUAGAGAAACACAAUUACUGAUGUCAAGACCACAGCAAUCACAACUUCGAAGAGAAAUUGAGCAUUAUUAUGAAAUUGGUAGAACUAUUGGAGAUGGUAACUUUGCUUUAGUAAAAGAAUGUCGGCUUAGGAAUACAGAAUAUGAAUAUGCAGUGAAAAUCAUUGACAAAUCUAAGUUAAAAGGAAAAGAGGUCAUGAUUGAAAAUGAAAUUGCAAUUGUAAGGAGCCUUUCUCACCCUCAUAUUGUGAGGUUCAUUGAAGAGUUUGAGACAGAGGGUGAAAUAUACCUUAUUAUGGAAUACAUUCAUGGAGGAGACCUAUUUGAUGCAAUUACAGACAGUGUUAAGUUUACAGAAAGCAAUGCUGCCCUUAUGAUGGACAACCUUUGUGAUGCAUUAGCAUACAUCCACGGAAAGAACAUUGUGCAUCGUGAUUUGAAACCAGAAAAUCUUCUUGUUCAACAUAAAGCUGAUGGAAGCCCAGUAUUAAAACUAGCUGACUUUGGCCUCGCUUUGAAAGUGACCAGCCCCAUAUUUACUGUGUGUGGGACACCAACAUAUGUGGCUCCUGAAAUCCUGUCUGAAAAAGGCUAUGGGUUUGAAGUGGAUAUGUGGGCCACUGGUGUAAUCCUGUAUAUCCUGCUCUGUGGCUUUCCUCCAUUUCGUAGUCUGGAGCGAGACCAAGAGGAGUUAUUUGAAAUGAUCCAACUUGGAGAAUAUGAAUUCCUCUCUCCGUAUUGGGACAGUAUUUCUGAUGGUGCUAAGGAUCUUGUGAGCAAGCUGCUGGUAGUGAAUCCCAGAAAUAGAUACACUGCACAGCAGGUCCUCAAGCAUGCUUGGAUCUGGUCAGCAGCCAAGCGGAGCACCCACAAUUUACAGCGGGAAGUAAGUAUGAACAUCGGGCAACAUUUCAGGCGCUGUCAUCAACAGGAGAUUCUGAACACUGCAACACAGAGGCCCAGCCUGAGAUGCUGACUCUGAAAUGUCCCAGCUUCAAUCAAAAACAAAAUAAGUCUACUGGCAGCUGAUUUUCCAACAUGAAUGAAUGAAUGUAUUCGGAGUAGCGGUAUGGUGGCACAGAGGUUAGCACUGCUGCCUCACAGCGCCAGAGACCCAGGUUCAAUUCCUGUCUCGAGUCAACUGUCUGUGUGGAGUUUGCACAUUCUCCCCGUGGGUCUGCGUGGGUUUCCUCCGGGUGCUCCAGUUUAUUCUCACAGUCCAAAGAUAUGCAGGUUAGGUGAAUUGGCCAUGCUAAAUUGCCCGUACUGUUAGGUGAAGGGGUAAA